CAAUCGGGUUUUCUAAUUUCAGAGUUUUCCCUUCUAGUUUUUUGACGUGUGUGCAUGUUGCCUCGUGUUUGGCGUUGCAAAUAUUCCAUUUAUUUGAUUGAUUUCGCUGGCCAAGUGCAGUAUUGUACUCUAGGAAGUACCUGGGAUCCGAAAAACACCAGCUGAUUCACCAGAGCACUCUGAUCUUUCAGUGCCCUUGGCAACAAGUAAUUCCCCCCUUCCAUUCGCUGCGAAACCUCUAGAGAAAUGCAGAACGGAAAGCCGAGAUCCGCGGCCAGGCCGUCGUACCACCGUCGCCCCAGAUCCGGAGUGCCCAACUCCGCCACGGAGAGCGCUGCCGUCAAGCCGGAGGCAACGGAUUACCAGGUGGGGAAUGACGACAAUGCCUGCGUGGUGUGUUUCAAGAAUGUGGACAUCUACUCCAUUGGGGACUGCGAUCAUCCGGUGUGCUAUGAGUGCUCCACCCGGAUGCGGGUGCUCUGCCAGCAGAACGAAUGCCCCAUCUGCCGCCACGUCUUGUCCAAGGUUCUGUUCACGCUGGAGAAACUUCCUUAUCGCGAACUGGAAGCCAACAACCGCUCCGAUUUCUACAGCAAGAAAUACCGCAUCGGUUUCUGCAGCGCCGAGAUUCAGCAGCAGUUCUUCAAGCUGCUCGACCACCCCUGCCCCAAAUGCGAUGCCCCUCCGUACCGAACUUUCCAGGGCCUGCGCACCCAUGUGCGCAGCGAGCACAGCUUGCUGUAUUGCGAUCUCUGCGUAGAGACCCUCAAGAUCUUCACCUUCGAGCGCAGGUGCUACACACAGGCGGAGCUGCAGCUGCACAACGCCAAGGGCGAUCCGGACAAUCGAUCGCAUCGCGGUCAUCCGCUGUGUGAGUACUGCAAGAAACGCUACCUGGACCGGGAUGAGCUGUUCCGGCAUCUGCGGCGUGAGCACUAUUUCUGCCACUUCUGCGAUGCCGACGGCUGCAACGAGUUCUACAACGACUAUGCGGAUCUGGCGGAUCAUUUCCGACAAGAGCACUUUCUCUGCGAGGAGGGCAAAUGCGCCACCGAGCAGUUCGUCGGCGCGUUCCGCAAUGAGAUUGAAUACAAGGCGCACGUGGCCAACAUGCACGGCAAUACUCUCAAUAAGCAGCAGGCCAAACAGACGCGCACUCUGCAGCUGGAAAUCACCUUAGGGCCGCGCGGACGCAGCGGUCAGACGGAGCAGGGCAUAGCCAACAUGAGAGCGAGAAACGAUGAGCACAACGAUUACCUGGACGAUUUGCCAUCAAGUAGCCAACGUCAUGUGAGCAUUGAUGCUGGCAACGAGGAACAGUUUCCCACAUUGAGAGGCGCCACCACAGCACCCAGCGUGUCCCUUGUAAGACCGCCGCCGCCCUCGAUGCGCAAUCUCAGCGGCACCUCGGGACUUGCUCGGACCAAAGAGAACUUUCCAGCUCUUGGAGGGGGAAAUAGUGGUGGCUUUGCCGGUCCUACUGGCAGCAGCCUCGCCGCCAGAGCUGCUCAGUCCCAGCAUCCAGUGGCAGCUGUCUUUAAGAAACCAACAAGUACGGCGGCCUCUUCCGGCAGUCGCAAUACACCGUCCAGCAAUGGAAUGCUCUUGCAUGUAUCCAAUCGACCAGCAGCCGUGCCCAAAAAAGCAGCCGCUCCACAGCUAGACUUUCCCGCUUUGCCAGGAAAGGGCAACAAGAAGAACUUGCGCAAUCUGGAGGAGGAUAUGUUGCCCAGCGGUUCAGCAGUGCCUUUGACUAAUAUAUCUGCCAAGCACCGGUCUCUGGCCGAUGAUUAUGUGUCGGUGGCUAACCCGACCAACUUCCAUAAGCUGCAAAUGGUACAAAAGGAGGAGGACGAGGCCAAGGCGCGUCAAGAGGCUUUGAAGAAGAGUGCUCCCAAGCUCACCGCUUCGGAGUUUCCCAGCCUGGGUCCGAGUGCCAGUGCCGGUGCCAGUUCCAGCAGGGGAAAUGCGCCAAAGCCAGCCAAUGGAUCUGGCUCCUUAAAUUGGUCAAAGCCAACGUCCGAAAAGAAGCAGCGUGAACUGGAAAAUCGGAAGGCCAAGGUGGCACCUGCCCCUGUUUUGCCCACACCCACUGCAAAACCGGCACCCAAGGUAAAUAAUAACAAUGUCCAGGAGGCCAACAAAAAAGAUAAAAAAGCGAAAGAUAAAAAGAACAAUCUGGAGAAUCAGCCCAAGGCGGGCAAGCAAAAAGAGAAAAACAAUAACAACGAACAAAAAUCAACCAAUGGGUCUCCUACUACACCAAUACGUGCUCCACCUGGUUUAGGAUCUGGAGGAUCGCUCAAACCACCACCCGGAUUUGUGUCCAAUGUGACUGUCAACUCGGUGGCCAAGCUGCCUAACAAUCUCACAUUCACUAGUUCGAUGGGCGAGUCCUAUAACAUUGUACCUAGCCCGUAUACGUACACCGAUCCACCAGAUACCGGUUCCAGGAAUCAGAAAUUGGUUGACCAGGUUAUGAGUCUACUACAAACGCCAGAGGCAUUAAACGAAUUUCGCAUGCUAUCGUCCAAGUUCCGAGAUGGAUCAUGUUCUGGUCAAGCUUAUUACGAGCACUGCCAGUGCGCCAUGUUUAGUUCGUUUUACAAUCUGUUCCCGGAGCUGCUCGCCAUGCUGCCUGAUAUAACCAAGCAACAGGAACUUUAUCUAGUGCACAAACAGCAUCUGAAUAGCUUGUCGCCUGCCCAGCGCAAAUCCGUGCCCACGCUUGAAGUUUGCAAGGUCUGCAAACAGAUCCUCAUCACCGCCGAUUUACAGGACCACCAGAAGGCGCAUGACCUCAUCAAGAACUUUCCCGUACUCGGAAGCUCAGCUUCCAAUACGCACCGCAACUGAGGCAUAUGGAUCAUAGGACAACAAAAGCUUUAUCCCUGUAUAUUUUCUAUGUAUAUACCGUUUCAAUCAACCAGAAGCCCAUGUCCCCAGGUCAUGUUAUGAGUGGAAAUCUGAAUGUGAACCAGCCGAACUAGAAAUCAUCCCAUAUUGCAAUCUGUUCAAUGUGACUUAGUCCAGGCAGGUAGUGAGCAACCUGCUAGUCUGGGGUGCGUUUUUAAUAUUUACGAGUGAGCUUGUGUUUAGCAAAUGCCCGAAACCUAAUAAAGUUCAAAUCAAUCACA